GUGAACCGGAAGUGGAAGCUGUAAGGCGGAAGUUUCGUCUUCUGCGCGUUGUUUGCCCCGUGAGUGAAGCGAGUUCGGGCAGCAGACGGCAGGAUGGCGGAUGUAACAGCCCGUAGCUUGCAGUAUGAAUACAAAGCGAACUCUAACCUUGUACUUCAAGCCGAUCGCUCUCUGAUAGACAGGACCCGCAGAGAUGAACCCACAGGAGAGGUGUUGUCAUUGGUGGGGAAACUGGAAGGCACUCGUAUGGGUGACAAAGCACAGAAAACCAAGCCACAGAUGCAAGAAGAGAGACGUGCCAAGAGGAGAAAGCGAGAUGAAGACAGACAUGAUAUUAACAAGAUGAAAGGAUACACCUUGCUAUCAGAGGGCAUUGAUGAAAUGGUUGGAAUCAUAUACAAACCCAAGACCAAGGAGACUCGUGAAACUUACGAAGUGCUCCUCAGCUUUAUCCAGGCUGCUCUGGGUGACCAGCCUCGAGAUAUCCUGUGUGGAGCAGCUGAUGAAGUCCUUGCUGUGCUAAAGAAUGACAAACUGCGAGACAAGGAAAGAAGAAGGGAGGUGGAUCAGCUCCUGGGGCAGACAGAUGAUACCCGAUACCAUGUGCUUGUAAACUUGGGCAAAAAGAUCUCAGACUAUGGUGGCGAUAAAGAAAUUCAAAAUAUGGAUGAUAACAUAGAUGAAACAUAUGGAGUCAACGUGCAGUUUGAAUCUGAUGAAGAGGUAGGGGAUGAAGAUGUGUAUGGAGAAGUACGGGAUGAUGCAUCAGAUGAUGACAUGGAAGGAGAUGAAGCUAUUGUACAAGGCACACUCUCUGCUAAUCUUGUAACAUCUGGGGAAAUCAUGAGUUCCAAGAAGAAAGAUCUUCAUCCUCGGGAUAUUGAUGCCUUUUGGCUCCAGAGACAACUUAGCAGGUUUUAUGAUGAUGCCAUUGUGUCUCAGAAGAAAGCAGACGAAGUCCUGGAGAUUUUAAAGACUGCAGGUGAUGAUCGUGAAUGUGAAAACCAGUUGGUUUUGCUACUUGGGUUCAAUACAUUUGAUUUCAUUAAAAUCCUUCGGCAGCACCGUAUGAUGAUUCUGUACUGUACUCUUCUGGCAAGUGCCCAGAGUGAAGCUGAAAAAGAAAGGAUUAUGGAUAAAAUGGAUUCAGACCCUGAGCUGUCAAAGUACCUUUAUCAGUUGCAAGAAACUGAAAAAGAGGACCUUAUUAGGGAGGAGCGCACACGCAGGGAAAGGGUGAGACAGUCUCGAGUGGACACAGAUUUGGAGAGCAUGGAUCUUGAACAGGGAGGAGAGGCUUUUACUCCUCGCCAAGCCCUUGAUCUGGAGGACUUGGCCUUUGCCCAAGGCAGUCACUUCAUGGCCAACAAGCGUUGCCAGCUACCUGAUGGUUCCUUUAGGCGCCAGAGGAAAGGAUAUGAAGAAGUGCAUGUGCCUGCAUUAAAACCCAAACCUUUUGCUGCUGAUGAGCAACUCGUGGCAGUGGAGAAACUUCCAAAAUAUGCUCAGGCUGGGUUUGAUGGUUUUAAAACACUAAACAGAAUCCAAAGCAAACUCUUCAAAACUGCAAUGGAGACUGAUGAGAACCUACUGCUCUGCGCUCCCACUGGAGCUGGUAAGACAAACGUAGCUCUGAUGUGCAUGCUCCGGGAGAUUGGAAAACACAUCAAUGUCGAUGGUACAAUCAAUGUAGACAACUUCAAAAUUAUUUACGUUGCCCCCAUGAGGUCCUUGGUACAGGAGAUGGUGGGCAAUUUCAGCAAGAGAUUGUCUACAUAUGGGAUCAAAGUGUCAGAGUUGACUGGUGAUCACCAAUUGUGCAAGGAGGAGAUUAAUGCCACACAGAUCAUUGUUUGUACUCCAGAGAAGUGGGACAUUAUAACCCGGAAAGGAGGAGAGAGAACUUACACACAGCUUGUUCGUCUGAUCAUUCUGGAUGAGGUCCACCUGUUGCAUGAUGAUAGAGGCCCUGUACUGGAAUCAUUAGUGGCUCGUGCUAUCCGUAACAUAGAGAUGACACAAGAAGAUGUUCGAUUGGUGGGUCUCAGUGCCACGCUGCCUAACUAUGAGGAUGUGGCCACCUUUCUUCGAGUGGACCCUGCCAAGGGACUCUUCUAUUUCGACAACAGUUUUCGUCCUGUGCCCCUGGAACAGACUUAUGUUGGUAUCACAGAAAAGAAAGCCAUCAAACGCUUCCAAAUCAUGAAUGAAAUUGUGUAUGAGAAGAUCAUGGAACAUGCUGGGAAGAACCAGGUACUAGUAUUUGUUCACUCCAGAAAGGAAACUGGCAAGACAUCUCGGGCGAUCAGAGACAUGUGCCUAGAGAAAGACACGCUGGGGCUGUUCCUGCGAGAGGGAUCUGCCUCCACUGAGGUGUUGCGUACAGAGGCAGAGCAAUGCAAAAAUCUAGAACUGAAGGAUCUUCUGCCGUAUAGUUUUGCUAUUCACCACGCUGGAAUGAGCCGUGUGGACAGGACUCUGGUGGAGGAUCUGUUUGCUGACAAACACAUUCAGGUUCUCGUGUCCACUGCCACUCUGGCUUGGGGUGUUAAUCUCCCAGCUCACACUGUUAUUAUCAAAGGCACCCAGGUGUAUAGCCCAGAGAAGGGACGCUGGACAGAACUGGGGGCCCUGGAUAUCCUGCAGAUGCUUGGAAGAGCUGGGCGUCCGCAGUACGAUACAAAAGGCGAGGGAAUCCUCAUCACAUCUCAUGGGGAAUUGCAGUAUUAUCUUUCUCUCCUGAACCAGCAGCUGCCUAUUGAGAGUCAAGUGAUUGCCAAGCUCCCUGACAUGCUCAAUGCCGAGGCAGUCCUGGGAAAUGUUCAAAACGCAAAGGAUGCGGUGAACUGGCUGGGUUACACCUACUUAUACAUCCGAAUGUUACGGUCACCCACCUUGUAUGGUAUUUCCCAUGAUGACCUCAAAUCCGACCCAUUGCUGGAGCACAGGCGCCUGGACCUCAUUCACACAGCAGCCCUCAUGCUAGACAAGAAUAACUUGCUUAAAUAUGACAAGAAGACCGGAAACUUCCAGGUGACAGAGUUGGGACGCAUCGCCAGUCAUUACUAUAUCACCAAUGAGUCAGUGCAGACCUACAAUCAGCUACUGAAGCCAACACUCAGUGAGAUCGAGAUGUUCCGGGUGUUCUCUCUGUCCUCAGAGUUCAAGAACAUCACAGUCCGAGAGGAGGAAAAACUGGAACUACAAAAGCUCCUAGAGAGAGUUCCAAUCCCUGUGAAGGAGAGUAUAGAGGAGCCAAGCGCUAAGAUCAACGUCCUACUCCAAGCCUUCAUCUCUCAACUAAAACUUGAAGGGUUUGCUUUGAUGGCCGACAUGGUGUAUGUUACUCAGUCUGCCGGACGUCUCAUGCGAGCCAUAUUUGAAAUAGUCUUGAACAGAGGAUGGGCUCAACUCACAGACAAGACACUGAACCUCUGCAAAAUGAUAGACAAGAGAAUGUGGCAGUCCAUGUGUCCGCUGCGUCAGUUUAAGAAGCUCCCAGAGGAAGUGGUAAAGAAGAUUGAGAAGAAGAAUUUUCCCUUUGAGCGCCUGUAUGACUUGAACCACAAUGAGAUAGGUGAACUUAUCCGCAUGCCAAAAAUGGGCAAAACCAUUCACAAGUAUGUGCACUUGUUUCCCAAGCUGGACCUCUCUGUGCACCUGCAGCCUAUCACACGUUCCACGCUCAAAGUGGAGCUCACGAUAACCCCGGACUUCCAGUGGGAUGAGAAGGUUCAUGGCUCCUCUGAAGCUUUCUGGAUCUUGGUGGAAGACGUGGACAGUGAAGUCAUCCUGCACCACGAGUACUUUCUCCUGAAGGCAAAAUACGCACAAGAUGAGCACCUUGUAACGUUCUUUGUUCCCGUCUUUGAGCCUUUGCCUCCGCAGUACUUCAUUCGAGUCGUGUCCGAUCGCUGGCUGUCCUGCGAGACGCAACUGCCGGUCUCUUUCCGCCACUUGAUACUGCCGGAAAAGUACCCGCCACCCACGGAGCUGCUGGACCUGCAACCCCUGCCCGUGUCUGCCCUGAGAAACAGUUCCUUCGAGAGCUUGUACCAGGACAAAUUCCCUUUCUUUAACCCUAUCCAGACCCAAGUCUUUAACACCGUGUACAAUAGCGAUGACAAUGUUUUCGUGGGAGCUCCCACUGGAAGCGGAAAGACCAUUUGUGCCGAGUUUGCUAUCCUAAGAAUGUUACUGCAGAACUCUGAGGGACGCUGCGUCUAUAUAACACCUAUGGAGGCCCUGGCAGAGCAGGUUUUCAUGGACUGGUUUGAGAAGUUCCAGGAGAGGCUGUACAAGAAAGUUGUUUUGCUGACUGGCGAGACCAGCACAGACUUGAAGCUGCUGGGCAAGGGGAAUAUUAUCAUCAGUACGCCGGAGAAAUGGGACAUCUUAUCACGCCGGUGGAAGCAGCGCAAGAAUGUGCAGAACGUCAGUCUGUUCAUUGUCGACGAGACUCACCUUAUAGGUGGAGCCAAUGGGCCCGUGUUGGAGGUGAUCUGCUCUCGAAUGCGCUACAUCUCUUCUCAGAUUGAGAGGCCAAUCCGAAUUGUGGCCCUCAGCUCCUCCCUCUCCAAUGCAAAGGAUGUGGCUCAUUGGCUGGGCUGCAGUGCCACUGCUACAUUCAAUUUCCACCCCAACGUGAGGCCUGUUCCGCUAGAGCUGCACAUACAGGGCUUCAAUAUCAGUCAUACACAGACCAGGCUACUCUCUAUGGCGAAGCCGGUAUACCAUGCUAUCGUGAAGCACUCACCCAAGAAACCAGUUAUUGUCUUUGUUCCAUCUCGGAAACAGACGAGGCUUACGGCCAUUGACAUACUCACUACUUGUGCAUCCGACGUUCAACAGCAGAGGUUUCUGCACUGCACAGAGAAGGAUCUGACUCCAUAUUUAGAAAAGUUAAGCGAUGGCACUCUGAAGGAGACACUUCUGAAUGGAGUGGGUUAUCUACACGAAGGGCUUUCCUCCCUUGAGAGACGCAUAGUGGAACAGCUCUUCAGUACAGGUGCUGUGCAGGUGAUUGUGGCUUCUCGCAGCCUCUGCUGGGGUCUGAACAUUGCUGCUCACUUGGUAAUCAUCAUGGACACACAGUAUUAUAACGGCAAGAUUCACGCGUAUGUGGACUAUCCCAUAUAUGAUGUCCUCCAGAUGGUAGGCUAUGCAAACCGUCCACUGCAAGAUGACGAGGGUCGCUGUGUCAUUAUGUGUCAAGGAUCAAAGAAGGAUUUCUUCAAAAAGUUCCUUUAUGAACCGCUGCCUGUAGAAUCUCAUCUGGACCAUUGCAUGCAUGACCACUUUAACGCCGAGAUUGUUACCAAGACCAUUGAGAACAAGCAAGACGCAGUGGAUUACUUGACCUGGACGUUCCUCUACAGACGUAUGACCCAGAACCCCAACUAUUACAAUCUACAGGGGGUCUCUCACAGACACUUGUCAGAUCAUCUGUCUGAAGUUGUUGAGCAGACUCUAAGUGACCUGGAGCAGUCUAAGUGUAUCAGCAUAGAGGACGAGAUGGACGUUGCGCCGCUCAAUCUGGGAAUGAUUGCUGCCUAUUACUACAUCAACUAUACCACCAUAGAGCUCUUCAGUAUGUCUCUUAACGCCAAGACAAAGGUCCGGGGUCUGAUAGAAAUCAUCUCUAAUGCGGCAGAGUACGAGAGCAUUCCUAUCCGGCACAGAGAGGACAGCCUCCUCCGACAGCUGGCACAGAAGGUACCUCACAAGCUUACCAACCCCAAGUUCAAUGACCCGCAUGUGAAGACCAAUCUGCUUCUUCAGGCUCAUCUGUCGCGCAUGCAGCUUAGCGCAGAACUUCAGUCUGACACAGAGGAGAUCCUCGGCAAGGCCAUUCGACUCAUCCAAGCGUGUGUGGAUGUCCUGUCCAGUAAUGGCUGGCUUAGCCCCGCGCUGGCUGCUAUGGAGCUGGCGCAGAUGGUGACACAGGCUAUGUGGUCCAAGGACUCCUAUCUGAAACAGCUGCCUCACUUCAGCUCUGAACACAUUAAGAGAUGCACGGACAAGGGAGUGGAGAGCGUCUUCGAUAUUAUGGAAAUGGAGGAUGAUGAGCGCACAGAGCUGCUGCAGCUCGGCGAUAUGCAGAUGGCCGACGUGGCGCGGUUCUGUAACCGCUACCCCAACAUUGAGCUGUCUUAUGAAGUGGCAGACAAGGACUGUAUCAGGAGUGGUGGAGCUGUUGUGGUUCUCGUGCAGCUGGAGAGAGAAGAGGAAGUUACGGGACCCGUCAUCGCUCCCCUUUUCCCCCAGAAACGUGAGGAAGGCUGGUGGGUUGUGAUUGGAGAUGCCAAGUCUAACAGCUUGAUUUCCAUCAAGAGGCUGACUUUGCAGCAGAAAGCCAAGGUAAAGCUGGAUUUUGUGGCACCUGCUACAGGAGGCCACAACUACACCCUUUAUUUCAUGAGCGAUGCUUAUAUGGGCUGCGACCAAGAGUAUAAGUUCAGCGUGGACGUGAAGGAGGCCGAGAGCGACAGCGAUUCCGAUUAGAAGAAAUGUUCAGACAUCCUGGUGAAGGAGACGUUAGCCUGCGUCAUAAGCAUACAUGCGUCGGGGAGGCUAAUCUCUUAUUGACUAGUCUCUUGGAUAUUAGUUAUGACAAGAUUUUAGUCCAGCUUUUUUUUCUCCUUCCUUUAUUUUCGUUGGUCGCUGUAUAUAUAGUGCCUAUCUGGUAUAUAUCUGACCUACGGGUGAGGUAGAUUGCGCAUGUAUCUGGGACACAUCAGAAGCACUGUGGGUUCUUCGUCAAAUGAAUAAAGCACAUGGUCAUAUUGUUCGUUUCUUGUUCCCAAAAUAAACAUUUGUUUUUUGUAA